CCCGGAGACUCCGCCUCCUUUCAGGCCCCGCCCUUUGCCGUGCUCCUAGCUGACAGCCGCUCGGCUGGCUGUUUGCAUACAAAGGCGGCCACACGCGCGCGCGCCCGCUCGUGAAUCCUCUGAACCCAUUGGAGCCUGGACUUGUGUCUCCAGUAUGUAAAUCCCUGCCAGGCGCAACAUCUUGCCAAACUUGAAGAUAAAACCCAGCAGAUUUUAAAGUAGUCCGGUCAGUGUCUUCAAGCAGGCCCAUUGGAAACAGGUUCAGACAAUGAAUUACGUGGGGCAGCUGGCCGGCCAGGUGUUUGUGACGGUGAAGGAGCUCUACAAGGGACUGAACCCCGCCACACUGUCGGGAUGCAUCGACAUCAUUGUCAUCCGGCAGCCCAAUGGCAGUCUGCAGUGCUCCCCUUUCCACGUCCGCUUCGGCAAGAUGGGUGUCCUCCGCUCCCGAGAGAAAGUGGUGGACAUAGAAAUCAAUGGGGAGUCGGUGGAUUUGCACAUGAAGUUGGGAGACAACGGAGAAGCAUUUUUUGUUCAAGAGACUGACAACGAUCAGGAAAUCAUCCCCAUGUACCUGGCCACGUCCCCCAUCCUGUCAGAAGGAGCUGCGAGAAUGGAAAGCCAGCUGAAGAGGAACUCUGUGGACAGAAUCAGGUGCCUGGAUCCCACUACAGCAGCCCAGGGUCUUCCUCCCAGCGACACCCCAUCCACUGGUUCUCUGGGGAAGAAGAGAAGGAAAAGAAGGAGGAAGGCCCAGUUGGACAAUCUCAAAAGAGAUGACAAUGUCAACACAUCUGAGGAUGAGGACAUGUUUCCCAUAGAGAUGAGCUCGGAUGAGGACACAGCACCGAUGGAUGGGAGCAGAACUCUUCCUAAUGAUGUACCACCAUUCCAAGAUGAUAUUCCUAAGGAAAACUUCCCCUCGAUUUCAACAUACCCCCAGUCUGCAUCGUAUCCCAGUUCAGACAGAGAAUGGUCCCCCAGCCCCAGCAGCCUGGUAGAUUGCCAGAGGACUCCCCCUCACCUGGCCGAGGGAGUUCUCUCUAGCUCUUGUCCUCUGCAGUCUUGCCACUUCCACGCUUCGGAAAGUCCUUCAGGCUCCCGGCCCUCAACACCAAAGAGUGACUCUGAGCUGGUCAGUAAGUCUGCAGACAGGUUGACGCCCAAGAAUAACCUGGAAAUGCUCUGGCUAUGGGGUGAAUUGCCACAGGCUGCAAAGUCCUCUCCUCCGCACAAGAUGAAAGAGUCCAGCCCCUUAGGGAGUCGGAAGAUUCCUGACAAAAUUAAUUUUCAGGCCAUUCAUAGUGAGUCUUCAGAUACUUUUAGUGACCAGUCGCCAACAAUGGCCCGGGGGCUGCUCAUCCACCAGAGUAAGGCUCAGACGGAAAUGCAGUUUGUGAACGAGGAGGAUCUCGAGUCCUUGGGGGCGGCAGCCCCACCUUCACCUGUGGCCGAAGAGCUCAAGGCCCCAUAUCCCAACACCGCACAGUCGUCAAGCAAGACAGAUUCCCCUUCCAGGAAGAAAGAUAAACGGAGCCGACACCUUGGAGCUGAUGGUGUUUAUCUGGACGACCUCACGGACAUGGACCCUGAAGUGGCAGCCCUGUAUUUCCCCAAGAAUGGGGAUCCUGGUGGGCUCCCCAAACAAGCCAGUGACAACGGAGCCAGGUCAGCCAACCAGUCACCACAGUCAGUGGGAGGCUCGGGCAUCGACAGUGGUGUGGAGAGCACCUCCGACAGCCUGAGGGACCUGCCAUCCAUCGCCAUCUCUCUCUGCGGUGGCCUCAGUGACCACAGAGAGAUCACCAAAGAUGCAUUUUUGGAACAAGCCGUGUCAUAUCAGCAAUUUGCCGACAACCCUGCAAUCAUCGAUGACCCCAACCUCGUGGUCAAGGUUGGCAAUAAGUAUUACAACUGGACAACGGCAGCUCCUCUACUUCUGGCGAUGCAAGCUUUCCAGAAACCUUUGCCAAAGGCCACUGUGGAAUCCAUCAUGAGAGAUAAGAUGCCCAAAAAGGGAGGAAGAUGGUGGUUUUCCUGGAGAGGAAGAAAUGCCACGAUCAAAGAGGAAAGCAAGCCUGAACAGUGCCUGACUGGGAAAGGCCACAAUACCGGAGAGCAGCCUGCCCAGCUUGGCCUGGCCACCAGGAUAAAGCAUGAGUCAUCCUCCAGUGAUGAAGAGCACGCAGCUGCCAAGCCAUCAAGUUCAAGCCACCUCUCUCUCUUGUCCAAUGUCAGCUACAAAAAGACCCUGCGGCUCACGUCGGAGCAGCUGAAAAGCUUGAAGUUGAAGAACGGCCCCAAUGAUGUGGUGUUCAGUGUCACUACCCAGUACCAGGGCACCUGUCGCUGCGAGGGCACCAUCUACCUGUGGAAUUGGGACGACAAAGUCAUCAUCUCAGAUAUCGAUGGGACCAUCACAAGAUCUGACACUCUUGGGCACAUUUUGCCCACGCUGGGAAAGGAUUGGACUCACCAGGGCAUUGCAAAGCUGUACCACAAAGUAAGCCAGAAUGGCUACAAGUUUCUCUAUUGUUCAGCACGUGCCAUUGGGAUGGCGGACAUGACAAGGGGCUACCUGCACUGGGUCAACGAGAGGGGCACCGUGCUUCCACAGGGCCCGCUUCUGCUCAGCCCGAGCAGCCUCUUCUCUGCCUUGCACAGAGAAGUGAUUGAAAAGAAGCCAGAAAAGUUCAAAGUCCAGUGUUUGACAGACAUCAAAAACCUGUUCUUCCCAAACACGGAACCCUUCUAUGCUGCUUUUGGGAACCGGCCUGCUGAUGUGUAUUCCUACAAGCAAGUGGGAGUGUCCCUGAAUAGGAUCUUCACUGUCAACCCCAAGGGUGAGCUGGUGCAGGAGCAUGCCAAGACCAACAUCAGCUCGUAUGUGCGGCUCUGCGAAGUGGUCGAUCACGUCUUCCCAUUGCUAAAGAGAAGCCAUUCCUGUGACUUCCCCUGUUCAGACACUUUCAGUAACUUCACCUUUUGGAGGGAGCCACUGCCACCUUUUGAAAACCAGGACAUGCAUUCAGCCUCAGCUUGAUGCGACCAAGCAUUAAAGGAUAGGUUGUGGGGACCCUGGAGCUGCUGGGAAGGCUGAUAUGUGGCCAUCUGCCUAAGAGAGAAGCAUUUCUCCCUCGACUCGCUCGCUCGCCCCAGGGUGACACUUCUAAGCAUGGAGGGCGGAGAGAGGCUGCAUCUCAUCCAAUAGGCUGCAAGAGGAUUGGGUGCACUAGGAGUGUGCAGAGCAGCCCUCUGUCUGGGUUUAGCACAUGCAAUGCUGCACCCUCCAGUCUGCUCCAGCAAUUAGUUAAUGUGCAAUACAGGUGAUGACCCCUUAUCAGCGUGCAGGCCACCUGAGAGCUGUCUCAGUAUCACUGUACCCCUACCCCCGGGAACUCUGAUGUGCAUAGGGAUCGGUAGCAUCAGGGACACAUUUCCAUGACAGAGACAUCCAUGCCACCUUCUGCACACAGGCUGUGUCCCGAGUCUAAGUGAAGGGAACAUGGGCCUCGCUGGGUCUCAGCCCUAGCCUUGGCUUUGACUUUUUAGACGUUCCCUUGCAGUAUUGCCCACUUAGUCUCACUUUAGGUGAUAAGCUCUUUAAUUGCUUUGGUUAAAGGUGGCCUGUGAUGCAGCUGCAUCUCUCCCCAUUCCUCAUAGCUCAAGGCUGGGCUAUUUAUGCCUUAACGCAUCUGCAGCAGGCAUUUCCUUAGCGUGCACUGUCUAGCUCUCCGUAACUGCAAUGCCUUACCUUACAAGGGUAGUCCCUAAGGCAGCGUGUGUCCGCGGCAUCUCAGCACCUUCUGCGUCCUGCUACCCAGCAAGGAAGAGCCACUAGUGUGGACUCAGCAGCACUUAUGCCCACCAGGAAGGAUGCCGCUAAAGAAACUGGUUGUGUUUUUUAAGAAACAUAGUUUCCGGAAGUUAAAUUAUUUUCAUUGCAGAUAUUAUUUAUUUCUUUACUGUCACUGGGCUGCUGUUGUGAGCAUCCUAGCCAGAUCCUUAGGCUUAUAGCUGUCAUGAAUGCAUUAAAAGUUAAGUGUGCUAGACAAUCCAAAGAGCCUUAUUCUGUGGAUGUCACACUCUGAUCUUCUAGAAUCUCCAAAUCACUAAUUUUUCUUAGUUCCCCCCCCCCCCACAGUCUAAGGGCAAGAAAAAAAAGUAAUAAUUUGAGCAAUGUUCUUUAAGCUGAUAGAAAGUUGCUGUGAACUGUCUCAGAACAAUGUGAAAAAUGAAAAGUAUUUUGCUAAAAGAGUUGCUUUGCUUUGAAAGUAUUAUUUUUCUUAAAGGGUGUUCUACUCCAGAGACAGAAAGAUCUUUCUAUUUAAAUUUCAUUGUUAGGGUCAGAGGAGACAGGAAAAAAAGGGGGGGGGGAAGGAAAAGAUUGAAAAAGAGUUAAGAAAGAAAAAAGCAGUAGAAUGGACUGUUACUCUUUCUGUGAAAGAAAACCUAGAGUCACUGCCCUUGGAGUCACUGGGCUCUGUUAAGGUCUCAUGUGGUCCACAUAGUUCACAGGAUUGGAAUGAAAGCCACCGUCAUCUGCUGUGGGCGCCCACGGAUGGAGACACUUGGCCCUGAAUGUGUGGCUCCCUCGGGAGUCAGGGAAGCCAUGAAGCUCCUGGCUUGCUCUCUCGUGACCUUCAGAGGCCACGGUAACCCUUCUGCCACCACCAUGGGUUUGUGUGUAUUUCGAUGGCUGUGGACUGUAUACGAGCUCAUCGGCCUGCAGAGAGAGGUUCCCGGCCGUCUCCCUCAUGCCCAGGGGAAGCUCUGGAAGCUCUUUUCAAAUGCCCUCUGCAGCCUGCUGUCCAGGUGGCUUCCUGACACCAUGCUAGGACUUGAGCCAGAGUCUCUCUAUAACCAAGGCUGGUCUACAAUGCACCAUUUUAGACAUACAGCAGUCCUUCCACCUGGCUUGGGAACCUAGUUUUGAUAUACCUUAAACUUCCCUGUCACUCGACCCUGAAACAGAGCACACCUCCCACAAAACCACACUCUACGAUCUCUGUGAAAAUUUUCAAGAGCCCUGUCCAGGCAGUUAUGUGGACACCUACUGUUAGGCUCCCUGUGAGAUCCAAAUGAGAGCUGCACCCAGGUUCUCUCAAGUUGCUUAUUUGCAUCUGCACUUAAACCCAGGGGCUCCAAGGUCACGUGUUAGGAUACUAUAUGGGUACCAUACAUUUCAAAGUUGCUCAUGGAAAUGAGUGACUCGCUCCAUAGUAACAUGUCCUCAAAUGGUGAUCCCAUAUGAUGAAGGAGAACACCUGGCACAUCUGAGACAGGCUUCUGUCGUCAGAUACUUUCCCUUUGGAUUUCAGGUUCGGAUCACUACUUCAGAAUAUUUUACUUACAACGUUGGCUGUGUGUUUGCAAAUGCCGGUGCCAUGAUUAAAAAAAAAUCAAUAUAAUAUUUCACUGUGUUGUGUUUGAUGCAGAGCUAGGAAUUUCUGUAAUAAACAAGAUGGAUGAAAGACUUCUGAAAAUCAGGCA